AUGGCUGCUGCAGGAUUUGUUAACGAGGUCCAUGGCUUCGACUAUGCUGGCCUCAACAAUGUUUUUCUCUAUAGCAUUAACGACAAUUCACGAGACCAAGAGCUCGGGAUAAUCUGGACCGAGGCCGACGAGUCGAUGGUCAAGGCCAGAGCGAACACAGCCUAUCUGCCCAAGUUUUGGAAGAUGAUGGUACACCUUUUUAAGCGAAGCCCUUCCGACCUCUUUACCUGGGGAUUGCGAAUCGGCGAUGACGAAGACGAGAUUCUGCGAGACCUCUGUGAAAUCUUGCCUCACGAAAUUUGGGAGAACAACCUGUCAUUCUUCAGAUACUGUCUACAGAAGGCUAUCUGUCUUAGAGUUAAAAACCACGCACAGCCCUUCGGUUUCUUCAAGGGCAUGCUCUUAAAGCCCAUCAAUAACUUGGAAAAGUGCUUAAGCAAUGUCGAGGCACACAGACGAGAGGCGGAAAUCGCAGAUGGCGUCUUUAACGCAUGGGUGGCGACUGCGCAAGACAUGGAAGCAUCGGUCGCGCCAUUCAUAUGGGAGCUCAAGAACAUCAUCAAAGGGACGGAGGUAAUCGGAACUCUAAAUGAGGAAAGGUUCUUCAUUCUAGAGAAGAUCGAUGUUCUCAAUAUCCGAAGAGCCCUCGACGCCCUCUACACCAAAGGCCUAUAUGCUCUCCGAGUUGACAUGAAGUAUGUCAGCUACAUCCGAUCUUACGCUGGCCAGUGGCCCAAAUUCGAGCCAUACUCUCAGGAGAUGUUGGCGAUUUGCGAGAAAGUCUCCAUCCUCAACCGGCGACGUGCCCGUGCAAUGGGCCUACCGGACAUGCCUGUAGCCCGGCAUGAAAUCUUCACGCGCGUGCCGUACUGGAAGAGCUCUAAGUGCGAUGAUGAGCGGUUUAAGGAGGUGAUGUUCCAAUACGGAGACUUGUGGACUCUGUAUUCUGCAGCACCUAUUCCCCAGCAACCUGUCCAUGAAGCGGCGGGCGACAUGGACAUGGAAAACUCCGACGGCCACUAGGGGAACGGGACAUGGAGGGAUAUAGUGAGCCAAAUCUCAUCUAGAUGGUCUCCUUGGGCACUGCUGGGCGCUGAGGGUAAUUUUAUCUCUGUUAUAAGGCGUAUUUGACGGGUUUUCCCCAACCAGGGAGGGUAAUGCUGUAGGCAGGUAGGGGCUGGGGAUAGGAAGUGGAGGAUUUCUUAUGUCAGGCGGAACUCUAGCUCUGUCUCCCUUUGAGGAGGUACUCUAGACGUCUCAAUAGCGCCAUUGAUGCGCUCGCUGUAGCUACCCAGCUAUAGCCACUAAUGCACUUUAACGUUCUCAUCAUCGUAAUCAUCAUCAUCAUCAUCUAGACGGUGGUGGACUAAUUGAGCUGUUACGUCACUUGUAGUAUCGGC